CGUGGCCCGGGCGAUGGCGGCGGUGGACGGCGAUGGCGAUCGCGGCUGUGGCCGUGCGGGACGGCGCCUGCCACCGCACUCUGCCUCGGGCCUGGUUCUGCACACGGUGGAGAUGCACACGGGCGGCGAGCCGCUGCGCAUCAUCCCGCAGCUUGAGGCGGCGGAGGAGGCGGUGGCGGCCCGCGGGCUGUCACUGCUGUCGCUGCGGCGGGAGGUGGCGGCCACACAGGACCACGUGCGGCGGGCGCUGAUGCACGAACCGCGGGGCCACGCCGGCAUGUACGGGGCGGUGGUGGUGCGCGGCGGCAGGGCCGCCGCCGGUGCCGAUCUGGCGGCCCUCUUCCUGCACGGGGCUGGCUACAGCGCAAUGUGCGGCCACGCCGUCAUGGCCCUCGGCCGCUUCGCUCUCGACUACGGGCUGGUGGUGGCACCCAGCUGCCCCGAGACCGCCGUCCACCUGCUCUGCCCUUGCGGGCCCGUCACUGCCUUCGUGCCGUGGGAUGGCCACCGCAGCGGCAACCCAGUCCGCUUCCACAGCGUGCCCGCCUUUGCUGCCGCCACCGACUUGGCCAUUGAUGUCCCUGGUCAUGGGAAGGUGGUGAUUGACAUUGGCUAUGGUGGCACUUUCUAUGCCUUCCUCAGUGCUGAGCAGCUGGGCCUUGAUGUGUGCUCUUCAAAGACCAGAGACCUUAUCAGUGCAGCAAGCAUGGUGACAGAAGUGGUGAAGAAACAGUUCAAGCUUCAUCACCCUGAAAGUGAAGACCUGGCUUUCCUCUACGGCACCAUACUCACAGAUGGGAAAGAUGCCUUUAGCGAGGAGCCCACCACCAACAUUUGUGUGUUUGCAGAUGAACAGGUUGAUCGAAGUCCAACAGGUUCAGGUGUGACAGCUCGCAUCGCCUUGCAGUACCACAAGGGACUCAUCCAGCUGAACCAGACCAGAACCUUUCGGAGCAGCACAACAGGGUCUUUGUUCACUGGGAAGGCAGUGAAGGAAGCCAGGUUUGGGGACUACAAUGCUGUCAUCGUUGAAGUCUCAGGAGAAGCCUUUUACACUGGUACAGCUACCUUCACUGUCGAAGAAGAGGACUCACUGAAACAUGGCUUUUUAUUCAAGUGAUCUGAGCCACUGGGCAGUGCAAAGUCUCACUGGUGCUGUGCUUCUCCAGUCCACAUGUUUCUCUUCUCCUUUUCCACACAGCUCACUGCAGUAUGCCAGAGAGACAGGAACAGCCUUUGGUAGUGUGACAGCAUCUGCCUUGUUUGAGAUAACAAGCUGUACUCCCCUGUUGUGAUUAGCAUAUUGGGAGUAAUGUGAUUAGCACAUAUGGGCUGCUCUGAGAAGCCAUAAGGAAAUGGACCUGAUCUUGGAGAGUUACUUUCAAAUUUAUGUGCCUUCUCUAGGUCUGCAAGUUACUAAUUCGAAAUGCAGAUUCCUAUUAAAUGCCAGCUGAAAAC